UCUGGUAAAACUGACACAAUCUUCCGGGACCGGGACUCAAACUUCUGCAGGCUCAGUUUUACUCUGGUAAAAAAAAAAACAGAUACUUAGAUUUACAGUUAAAAGGCGCGGUGUUUUCCUCGUGAACUUUGCUCCUGGAUCAUCAUGUCUUCGGUUGAGAUCUCCGAGGGUUCGGUUCUGGUGGAGAUCUGCGGAGAUCAGCCGCUGUUUUACCGACAGGCGGUUCCGUCGAGCGGCACCGGCGGGCUGUGCGUGCUGCUGCUGCACGGGAUCCGCUUCUCCUCCGAGAACUGGCAGAAAAUCGGGACUCUAGAGACUCUGGCCGCCGCCGGUUACCGAGCUCUGGCCAUAGACCUGCCAGGUCUGGGUCAGUCGAAGGCCACUGUGGCUCCUGCUGCAGUGGGUGAACUGGCUCCAGCUGUGUUCCUCAGACAGGUGUGUGAGGGCCUGCAGACGGGCCCUGUGGUGAUCAUCAGCCCGUCUCUCAGCGGCAUGUACUCGCUGCCAUUCCUCUUCCAGCACUCAGAGCUGCUCAAAGCUUACAUCCCCGUCGCUCCCAUCUGCACCGAGAAGUUCACCGCCGAGCAGUAUGGCAGCGUACAGACUCCAGCUCUUAUAGUUUACGGAGACCAGGACACUCAGCUUGGGGAAGUGUCGCUAAACAACCUGAGCCAGCUGCCCAAUCACAGAGUGGUGGUAAUGAAGAGGGCGGGGCAUCCUUGUUACCUUGAUGAUCCGGAGACCUGGCAUAAGGCAGUCCUGGAUUUCCUACAACAGCUGAGAUAAAAGAGUAUCACACACAAAAACCCCUAACACAGUGAAGACCACUUAAAGGCAUUAAUUACACAUCUGAUUAAUAUGAAGUACAGUCAAUCCCAUAACUGAUUACAUCAGAAACACUAGCUUUUU